AUGAGCCACUUCUCGUCCAGCCAGCGGGUCUCCUCGUACCGCCGCGCCUUCGGCGGGGGCUCGCCGUCCUUCCCGCGCGCCUCCUUCGGCGGCUCCGGCUCCAGCAGCUCCGUGUCGUCUCGCGUCUACCAGGUGUCGCGUAGCUCGGGCGUGCCCGGCCUGACGGUGCUGCGUUCGUCCCGCACGGUGCCGGGGCUGCGGUCCUCGGCCUACGCCGGCGCAGGCGAGCUGCUGGACUUCAGCCUGGCGGACGCCAUGAACCAGGAGUUCCUGACCACCCGCACCAACGAGAAAGUCGAGCUGCAGGAGCUGAACGACCGCUUCGCCAGCUACAUCGAGAAGGUGCGGUUCCUGGAGCAGCAGAACGCGCUCAUGGUGGCCGAGGUGGAGCGGCUGCGGGGCAAGGAGCCCACGCGCGUGGCGGUGCUCUACGAGGAGGAGCUGCGCGACCUGCGCCGCCAGAUCGACGUGCUCACCGGGCAGCGCGCCCGCGUCGACGUCGAGCGCGACAACCUCCUCGACGACCUGCAGAAGCUCAAGCAGAGGCUGCAGGAGGAGAUCCAGCUGAAGGAGGAGGCGGAGAACAACCUGGCUGCUUUCCGUGCCGAUGUGGACGCGGCCACGCUCGCACGCAUUGACCUGGAGAGACGCAUCGAGUCGCUGCAGGAGGAGAUCGCCUUCCUCAAGAAGGUGCACGAGGAGGAAAUCCGGGAGCUGCAGGCACAGAUGCAGGAGCAGCAGAUCCAGGUGGAGAUGGACGUGUCCAAGCCAGACCUGACGGCCGCACUGCGUGACAUCCGUGCCCAGUACGAGACCAUCGCCGCCAAGAACAUCUCCGAGGCCGAGGAGUGGUACAAGUCCAAGGUGUCCGACCUGACGCAGGCAGCCAACAAGAACAACGAUGCGCUGCGCCAGGCUAAGCAGGAGAUGAUGGAGUUCAGGCACCAGAUCCAGUCCUACACCUGCGAGAUCGACUCGCUCAAGGGCACGAACGACUCGCUGCUGCGGCAGAUGCGGGAGAUGGAGGAGCGGUUCGCGGGCGAGGCGGGCGGCUACCAGGACACCAUCACGCGGCUGGAGGAGGAGAUCCGGCACCUGAAGGACGAAAUGGCGCGGCACCUGCGCGAGUACCAGGACCUGCUCAACGUCAAGAUGGCGCUGGACGUGGAGAUCGCCACCUACCGCAAGCUGCUGGAGGGCGAGGAGAGCAGGAUCAGCCUCCCCAUCCAGAGCUUCGCCUCAGCAAUCAACUUCCGAGAGACCAGCCCCGAGCACCGCGGCUCGGAGAUGCACACCAAGAAGACGGUGAUGAUCAAGACCAUCGUCCCCCGUGUCCUGCAGGUGGUGAGCGAGGCCACGCAGCAGCAGCACGAGGUGUUGUAGGCGCCGGGCCCAGCGGCGCCAAGAGACGAGGAGACCAGCUCGUCCCCCCUCCCAGCCUCCCCCUCCCCCCGAUGCCUCAAG